AACAAAAACCAAACAAACAAAAAAACAGAAACAUAAAGAUGACCGCUCGGAUUAUGCAAGCGGCGCGAUGCCCAACAGACGAACUGUCGUUGACCAACUGUGCCGUCAUCAAUGAGAAGGAGCCGCAGUUUGAACAACACGUGACUGUGCGCAAUUUAACCCACAAGUAUGUGUUCACCUUGAAGACGCAUCCGAGCGUCAACUGCGGGACCAUCGCCUUCAGUUUGCCACAGAGGAAAUGGGCAGGCCUAUCGAUUGGACAGGAGGUUGAGGUAACGAACUACAAGUUUGACAAGUCCAAACAGUGUAUAAGCACCGUGACAGUGGAGAUAGACUUCCUGCAGAAGAAGAAUGUGGACAGCAACCCCUACGACUCCGACAAGAUGGCUUGCGAAUUCAUCCAGCACUUCAACAACCAGGCCUUCAGUGUUGGCCAACAGCUGGUGUUUAGUUUCUGUGAUAAGCUCUUCGGCUUGCUGAUUAAAGAUAUCGAUGCCAUGGACCCCAGCAUCCUAAAGGGAGAACAUGCUGCUGGCAAGAAACAGAAGGUUGAGAUUGGUUUGUUGCUGGGAAACAGUCAGGUGAUAUUUGAAAAGUCGGAGAGCUCAUCCAUGACCCUGGUUGGGAAAGCCAAGACCCGAGAGUCUCGCCAGUCCAUCAUCAGCCCGGAUUGGAAUUUUGAGAGGAUGGGUAUCGGCGGCCUUGACAAGGAGUUUUCUGACAUCUUCCGUAGAGCCUUCGCCUCCCGAGUCUUCCCUCCAGACAUAGUCGAACAGAUGGGCUGUAAGCAUGUGAAGGGAAUCCUGCUCUACGGACCCCCGGGCUGCGGUAAAACCCUGAUGGCACGACAGAUUGGCAAGAUGCUCAAGGCCCGGGAGCCAAAGAUCGUCAACGGCCCCGAGAUUCUCAACAAGUACGUCGGGGAGUCUGAAGCCAACAUCAGGAAGCUGUUUGCAGACGCAGAGGACGAACAGAAGAGGCUCGGUGCCAACAGCGGCCUUCACAUCAUCAUCUUUGAUGAGAUUGAUGCAAUCUGUAAGCAGCGUGGCAGCAUGGCCGGCAGCACAGGAGUCCAUGACACCGUGGUCAACCAGCUUCUGUCUAAGAUAGAUGGAGUGGAGCAGCUCAACAACAUCCUGGUCAUAGGUAUGACCAACAGGCCAGACCUGAUAGACGAGGCCUUGUUGAGGCCGGGAAGACUGGAGGUGAAGAUGGAGAUAGGGCUACCGGAUGAAAAGGGCCGCAUUCAGAUCCUCCACAUCCACACAGCGAAGAUGCGUCAGUACGACCUGCUGGCCACUGACGUAGACAUCAAGGAGCUGGCCGUGGAGACCAAGAACUACAGUGGUGCCGAACUGGAGGGUCUAGUCAGGGCUGCACAGUCCACUGCUAUGAAUAGGCAUAUUAAGGCCAGCAACACAGUGGAGGUAAACAUUGAGACGGCGGAGCAUCUGCGGGUCACCAGACUGGACUUCAUGGCCUCGCUGAAUAACGACAUCAAACCUGCGUUCGGUACCAACCAGGAGGACUACGCCAGCUACAUCAUGAAUGGUAUCAUCCGGUGGGGCGACCCGGUGUCGGCGGCGCUAGAGGACGGGGAGCUGCUGGUACAGCAGACGAAGAAUAGUGACCGCACACCGCUUGUCUCUGUGCUCCUGGAAGGGCCGCCUAACAGUGGUAAAACAGCGCUGGCAGCUAAGAUUUCCGAGGACUCCCAGUUCCCCUUUAUCAAGAUCUGCUCCCCCGACAAGAUGAUUGGACACUCCGAGAUCGCCAAAUGCCAAGCCAUCAAAAAGAUAUUUGAAGAUGCCUACAAAUCCCAGCUGAGCUGUGUGGUUGUUGAUGACAUUGAACGCUUGUUGGACUAUGUCCCAAUUGGCCCUCGUUUCUCCAACCUGGUGUUACAAGCUUUGCUGGUGCUGCUGAAGAAACCUCCUCCAAAGGGCCGUAAGCUGCUGAUCAUUGGCACCACAAGUCGUAAAGACGUCCUCCAGGAAAUGGAGAUGUUAGACGCUUUCAGCACCACCAUCCACAUUCCCAACAUCUCAAGGGGAGAGCAGCUGGUCGAGGCGUUGGAGCUGCUGGGCAGUUUCCAGGAGAAAGAGCGGGCCAGCAUAGCGAAAGCUGUGAAGGACCGCAGCCUGUGGAUUGGCAUAAAAAAGUUGCUCAUGCUGAUUGAAAUGGCUGUGCAGAUGGAUCCCGACUACAGAGUUAGCAAGUUCCUGAGUCUAUUGAAGGAUGAAGGAGCACUUGGUUCUGAUAAAUUUGUGGCGAUCUAGACUCAGCGGCGCCACAGUGAAAAAGAGGCAUCCUUCAGUGUUGCUGAGGAACGGAAGCCUGAAAGAGGCUGGCAGGAGGAAGCGAGCGAGGGAUGAUUUCCAUCUCUCUCUCUGCAUCCUUCCUUCCUUCCCAUCCCUGAAGCUCUGUGGGCUUCUCUCUGCACUGCAGCUUUCUGCAGAGGCAACCAACCAGGCAACCGCCUCCUCUUCAGCACUACGCGAACAUGUGAAAAAAGAGAAAAUAAGCGGUGUGUGUGCUAAUCUGUGUAUACUGCAUUUCCCGAAGACCAGUGCUGUAAUCUCCGUGCGAUGCCCCCAGCACUCCAUUGUGAUUUUACGUAUGAAACAGUCAAGCAAAAGAUAAAUUUCCAUGGCAAGUAGUUGUGCAUGCACCAACACUAAUUAUAAUACUGUUUGUUUAUAAAGGCUUCAUUUGUGUGCAGGGGUUUGUAACCUUAUCAUUCCAGGACAUGGUGGCUCCGCGAUUUAAAGAUCUCACUUGUACUCGCUUCUGUCUGAACUUUUUAUUUUAUGAAUAAAUUAAUUCAUCAGUACUAA